GAGGCUACAGAAAAAGACUCGAAUCCUUGAAAGAAAAAAGAAAAGAAAAGAAAAGAAGAGAAAAUUAUUUCCAUUCCCAAAAUUCUCGCGCGCGGUCGGAUCUGGAGAACCCUUCAAUUUUCCCGCAAAAACCCCCAAAUUUUGAUGCACUGAAACAUGGAAAAAGAAGCAAAAAAGGAAGCCUUCAGGAAGUAUCUAGAAUCUAGCGGCGUGCUUGACGCUCUGACUAAAGUUCUUGUUGCGCUAUAUGAAGAGAAUGACAAGCCAUCUUCUGCACUCGAGUUUGUCCAGCAGAAAUUAGGUGGCCCCUCACUCUCAGAAUAUGAGAAACUCCAAGCAGAGAAGGCUGAUUUGCAGUUGAAGUAUGACGAGCUCCUGGCUGCUCACAAAGAAACAUGUGCAAUGCUUGAUGUGUUGAAGAACUCCAAGGUCGCAGCUACAUGCAAAGAGGAAGUAGACGGAGAUAAUGUAAAGGAUGAGUUAUAGGCUUAUUUGUCAUUCAUUAAUUUUAUUGCGUGCUAGGCUUGAAAAAAAAAAUUAAGAAGGAAAGGUCAUUGUCUACACUAAUCUGCUAUGAAUCUGAAUAUGUAACUAAUAAUUUUUCUCACGCUUAAACAUUGAAAUGGUACCAGUUUGUCAUUAAGAAUUACACACCCUUGUCAUUGUUCUUCUAUUCA